AUAGAUAAAAGCGGGGAAUCAGCUGUUCAGAUUAGUAUGCGGAGAGACAGCGUAGGAGGAGCUUCGAAGUCCCGGAUGAACGCGUUGAAAGAUCCCUUGGUCGGCCAAGUCUGUCGCGAUGUCCUCAGAGACCUUUCUGUUGGCCGACUCGACCAUAAUCCCGGUCCCGAAGCCUCUGGCCAUCAAGGUCACCCCCUGCACCGAAUUCCAAGGACCUCCCGACGCCUACAGGAAUGAGUCGAGCCCGAGGGGAGCCCUCCUCGUCGCCAACUACUCGACCUUCAGCAGCCCCGACAGCACACCGCGCCUGGGUUCGGAGGUGGACGAGGAGCACAUCACAGAGCUCUUCCGGCAGAUGGGUUACGAGAACACGAAGACGAUUUCGAACGCCUCGAAGGAGGACACGGAGAAGACCCUCCUGCAGUUCCGGGAGGAGAAGCUACACGAGGACGUGGACUCGCUGGUGGUCGUGUUCAUGAGUCACGGGUCGGAGGGGCAGAUCUGCACGUCGGACGGAGAGGUCCUUCAGAAUCAGGAGAUCGUCGAGUACUUCAGCGACGUCAACUGCCCCGCGCUCAAAGGGAAGCCCAAGUUCUUCAUCUUCCAGCAGUGUCGCGGGAAAAAGGAACAUAUAGAAACGGACGACAUGCGCAUAGACUCCGAAAAGAUUCGUGAUAGCUAUGUGCCUCAGAAGAGGGGCCAAAGGAAGUUGUCAGACGUUUAUAUCUGUUUUUCAACGCUGCCGGGCUUUGUGUCCUAUAGGUAUAAGGGCCGCGGGUCUCCUUAUAUCGACAGGAUCUGCAGAGUCUUCAUGGCAGAAGCACAUCGGAAGGAGAUCGACGCCCUUAUGAAGCAAGUGGACAGGGAAAUGCCAGACGCACAACCGGUGGAAAUACGACGCCAGGGAUUCAAGUACGAUUUUUAUUUUAACCCAAGUUCUCCGCAAGAAAAUGCAUCAGCAGUGGCAUGCAGUGAUGCAGUGGACACACAUGAGAACACUUACAAGACCACUGGCUCACCGAAGGGCCUUGUCCUCAUCAUCAACAACCUCGAAGGAUGCCAAGAGGACGUGAAGAAACUGCAGGAAAUCUUCACUCUGCUUGGAUUCAACGUCCUGCCGCCCCGUGAGAACCUGACGAAGCCGGAAAUGGAGGAAGCCUUCAGCACUUUUUCUGAAAUGCCACAAUACGACUCAGCUGUUGUUAUAAUCUACGGGAGAGGCUUCGAGGACUGUAUAGUGUCUGGGGAUGGCAAGGUAACAACUUUCCUGGAACUCACAAGGACCUUUAAUGAUUUGAAUUGCCCGAAUUUAGCCGGAAAGCCGAAGUUGUUCUUCACGAAUACGUGUUUUGUGGGUGGCAUUACGACAGAAGAGGUAGAGGCCGCUCGAACGGGACAAGCUGCUGAAUUCUGUUACCGAAGCGAAGUGGCAGAGCAAGCUGGACUGUGUACUGACGGCGGCACUGACCUAGACGCGACAGAAGGCACAGUGCUUCCUGCUGAGCGCGACAUCUUUCUGCUAAGCGUAGAAGUGGACGGAGAGUGCAAGCAAGGUUCACUGUUAACAGAAGCCUUAUACCAAGUCCUUAUCACGAACGCAAAGGACAAGGAACUCAUGGCCCUCACUAAAAUGAUUCUGCGGAGGCUAGACGACUUACAGGACGGCAAUGGAGGCGAAGAGCAAUAUUAUCACGAGUUAAGGACCUACAAAUUCCAGCGCGAUUACUACUUCAAUCCCCCGAAAUUUGUGUCGUCACCAGACACUCCUUCUAAACCCCGUGAGCUGACGAUUCCAAAAAGCUGUUUCUCCAAGAAGGUCAAUGUGAGGCAGGUGAAACAGCCCAAGAACACCCAUUCUGAUUACAGGAACUGGUCGAGACCGCAUGGUUUGGCCCUCGUCCUCUCCUUUGAGAAAUAUGAGAGCGAAGAGCUGCCGAACUGUCCAUGGCGUCAGUCCGUUGCGAAGAUGAUGUCCGAUCUCUACUGUGGUCUGGGUUACAAGACGGAAAUAUGUAGUAAUCCAAGCAUCGCCGAAGUCAAAACCCGUCUGGAAGAAUUUUCAAAAAGACAAGAACAUGCAGACCUCGAUUCUGUAGUCGUUCACAUCCAAGGGCUUGGCAAAGACUGUGACACCUUCCACUGCACCGACGGAGAGCUUCUUCACCUGUCGGACGUCUUUUCCCACUUCACGGACGAGUCUUGCCCAGCUCUGAAGGGAAAGCCCAAGUUAUUCUUCCUCCACAUGACGGAGACAGAAAAGUGGGAAGAUCCGAGCAACAGCCCGGGGAAAGACCUGAGGGACACCUUUAUCGUUCGCCUGACAACUGAAGUGUCCGAAAGUGGUCUUCACCCAACCGCAGGCCUGUCCGCCUGGAGGAAGGCAGUCGAAGAACAUGCUCAGGACCAUCACCUGGAGCGCCUGAUUAGCAAAGCUGACACGUACCUGCAUGAAGGAGCCUCGACUGCCAGCGUGUCUGACGAACAUUUUGCCCGCGAGUUUUGUGCUAGGCCUAGAAAACUCUUUUUCAAUCCCAGCAAAGUGUGAACUCCCAGUAGUCCAAAGUGAACGGUGCUUAUAUUAAUGUUAUUUUGAGGGCGAUAUUUUCUAUCUGUGAUGGACGGUCACUCUUUGAUACGCAAUUUUGACCAGUUUGAAAUUCGCCUUCCGCCACUAUGCCAAAUGAUCUCAAAGAACAGUAGACUAAAUAGUGAUAAUGAUUGUAAAUAGUGAUAAUGAUUUAGUUUUAAGAUAUUUAUUUAUGAUGAACAAAGAGCCAUCGCCAUACUGUACACAGGCGAUGGCAGGGAACAUUUUAUAUGCAUGAUCCUUACCAAAAUUACAUACACAGUGUUAUCAAAAUAAUCUGAUGUAAAAGUAUACAUGAAUCCAUUUUAAAAACAAGAUACACAGGAUAACACGAUCCACUUAAAAGAUGAUGAACGAACCGAUUUUAAACAAAUAUUACACUAUAAGAUCACAUUUGUUAAAUUAUUCCAAUAAUUAAUCGAUUUGCAAUGUCACCUUAUCAGUGGUAUUGUAUUGUUUGAUAUUAAGCGUAAUAUUUAAGAUAUGAGAAAGUAAUCUCUCCUUUGUAUAAAAUGUCUUAUUCAGGGAUACUGUCUUAAGUUACUAUCUCUCUCUCUCUCUCUCUCUCUCUUCUCUCUCUCUCUCUCUCUCUCCUCUCUCUCUCUCUCUCUCUCUCU